UCUCGUGCCCCGCUAGUCUGUCCGGGGGAGCUGAAGAACAACUCGACGAAAAGUCCCAACUAUGGAAGGCGACAACAUAAUAAUAAUGCCUGUUUGACUCGGGGACAUUUUCCAAGAUGCCAGGCCUUUUGUCCAGUCCUGUGUGUCUGACAGUCAUCUGGUUUCUAUCGUGGUCGCUGCGCCCCGGUCGAGCUCAGCUUCGGACUGAUGAAGUGUUAGGCGUGCAGUACGGGCAGAUGCAGUCCAAUGUGACACUGGCCUGCGGGAAGUCACAAAUCAGGGCGCCUAUGGCGUGGCAUCUCAACCACAGCUCAGCGCUGCCGUGGCACAAAGUGACCUCCGAUGGAGCCUUAGUGCUGCUGCACGUCGACCACUCGGCGCAGGGCAACUACAGCUGCUAUGACGCCCGGGGGCUCCUCCUCCACUCCGUCACACUCAGGCUGGGCCACCCCCCUGGGCUGCUGAGCGUUUCCUGUCAAGUGCCCAAUCACACGCACGUUCGCUGCUCCUGGACGGAAUCGGUGAAGACCUUCCUGCCAGCCAAGUACAACGCCUCCUUCAGGGGCACCGGUCAGGAGUGGAGGCCAUGCGUCCUGGAUGUGGCCCGCAAGCUCUGCGACAUCUAUCAUCCUGCCUUCUGGCAGACCAUCCAUACCCUGAGAAUCACAGAGACCAACGCCCUGGGGUCUGAGACGACGGCCGCCCGCUUUAGGUUACACGAGCUAUUGAAACCGGACCCUCCAGAGUCUCUGCUGGUGAAGGCCCUAGAGGGCCAUCCAAAGAGGCUGAUGGUCUCGUGGGACUUCCCUGCCUCCUGGCCGCUGCAGGAUGCGUUCCCCCUCAUGUUUCAGAUCAGAUACAGGCCACACGGCUCCGUGUACUGGUCCGAGGUUUUCUCCGAGGAGAGUCCAGUCGUGAUAUUUGACGCCCUGGCUGGUCACCUCCACCAAGUUCAGAUUCGAGCCCAUGACGAGGUGAACUCUGACAGCCAGUGGAGUGAAUGGAGUCCCCUGCUCCUCGCCAGGCCUUGGGAAGUCUCCUCCACACCUGAAUCUCCAGAGGAGCUCCAGCCAGAGGAAAGCUUUCCAGAAUAUUUCUUUCCCUUCAGCACAAAACCUGAAAUCUCAACCGCAAAGUCCCACAAUUCUGUACAUCCUGAGGAUGAAGGUAAUUUGGGUUUGGUGAUUCUGCUGGUUUUGUUCUCCGUGGUCAUCCUCACCACCGUCCUUUCCCUCAUCUUUGUCGUGUGGGUGAGACAGAGGCGGCGCGAUCAUGUGACCAAACAGGAACUCACCUCUAUGGUCAAGAUGAAGUCCAUGCCAAUCUAAUGUUGAUUUCAAGCAUCUUGUCCUUGUCAGCCCGUUCUAGGGCUCCUCCCGAGAGUCAGCCUCUGUCUACCGCUGUAUCAAGCUGACCGUCCGUAUUCAACUACAUUAACCAGAAUGCAUCUGCCAGGAUCCAGGACAGGGAUGAACCCAUGCAGGGAACUUUGCGGAGUAGGGUAAAGUUACCCAGUAUAUAAGCUGACUGAAGGGUUUGUUUUGCAAGAUUUCCUCGGACAUAUUCAACAACUGCACUACUACCCAUAAUGCAUCAGCAGACUCGUUCCACUGUCCAUGGGGACAGUUUCACUUCAGCAACAUCACUGUGGUUCAAUCCUCAGCGGCUGCAUCGGGACAUUUGAGUUCACUCACAACCAACGCUGCUUCAGGUGGACCGACUCCUCACCCUUUUAUUUUGGAGGGGAGCAACAUUUUUGGAACUUUUAAGCAACAAGUAAGAACAGGAAGUGCAGCUGCCAAACAGGAGAACACAGGCUUUUUUUCUUCUUUUUGUGGAAAGGGGAAGAUUUUUUCUGGAGACGACUUUCCUCUCUCCUCCCACUCAGAACUCCUCACGCUCCUUUAUUUUAUUUUUUUUUAGAUUCAUGGGGAGGAGCGUCCGUUAUUACACCGACCGACCGACUCAAUGCUGUGAAGGAAGCAUAACUGCCAGUCUCUGUGUGUGCAUCUGAUGCCAAAGCAGCAACUACGGGCAUUACUGGUCUCAGCUGAGGGGGGCGGGAGGCAAACCCGCCACCGGCUCCUGACCUGAGGGGGUUGGACAUGGAGAUUAAGGUCCAGUGUGGGGGCGUGUCCGGGGUUGGGCUGUCUAGACUUUAUUUCAUUUUACGACAAGAUUUUAUGUUGCAUGAUGUGCUUGUUUUUGCCUGUCUGGCGUCUUUAGUAUAGACAGUGUCUUGUGUUAUACCUCUUUCUAUCCAUCCAUCCACUGUUACUGAAUGUGUGUGAAUGACAGACACACAUGGGGGAGAGAGAGAGCGAGAGAGAGACGGGCCUUUCACAAACCACCACAUUAUGACUUUACAUAGAUACUAAAGGGUGGCACUUUAUCUUUGUGAUUUGCACAUAGUUAGAUGGGGAAAAUAUGGUCAUUUAAAUGCAUGUCCGUGUCCUCAGUAGGACUACAGCUUUACUAAACGAUUGUUAUCAUGAUCAAUUGAUCUGUGGGAUCUUUUUUUUUUUUUCAGGUAUUUUACUUACAAGGAUAUAAAAGCUACAAAUCUUUACAUUUGAUGAGCCAGAGCUGGCAAAUAUUUGGCACUUGAAUGAUAAAUGGCAAACAAUCUAUUAUCAAAAUUGUUGUUGAUCGACUGAAACAUGAAUCAACUCUCAGCUCUAGGCCCCUGAUACACCAUUGAAGUUACCACACGCCAGUUUUAAACGUGAUAAGACUUCAGUGUGUUCAAUAAAAGCUGUUGGUCUGGGGUUGUGAGAGGAGCAGAGGACUACAGUAAGAGGCAUAUUUGAACUAGAUACAAAAGCUUAUUAAAGGUCACCUAUACUAAUAGGAUUUUAAAAAGCAGGCUGUAGAAUUAUGGUAGGAACGCAUAAUAACAAGCUGGUUCAUUGAUAUGAUAAAAAAGGCCAGUUAAAACAUGUAUGAAGUCUCACAGACGGGCUGUAGGUGUGGGCCAGAUGGGAAUGGAAAUGAACGCAGACAGUGCAGAAAGCUUACUAGAGCAACUCCACCGCUAACUCUGACAUGGGUUCUGUUCACUCAGUGAGUGGGCUUUCACAAUCACUGCCACCAGCCUCUAUUUAAUCAGAAGUGGACACGGCCUGUGGACAAACACUAUGGGAACUGUGUUAGCAGCAUAUGUUCCUGAAGAACAGAGAAACAGUGUGCACCAGUGAGCUGGCCUGCUUCACCGCCUGGUUAUCUCACUAAAGCCGAGUUAAUGUAUCUGAAUCGGAGUUGCCGUCUGGUGGGUGUCAACGUGAGACGAGCACCAAGGCGACCGACUGACAAGAGCGACUCUCGCUCACUGCGCUCGUGUGUCACAUCCCGCCGGUUGGUGGGAAAUGAAGGAUCUCUGGUGGCCGGUCCUCACUGCAGGAAAAGCCUGAAAUACCUUUAGAAGAGUACAUCUGGUUUAGUUUUGCUUUUGGGAGUCCUGUCUGCAGCUGAUGGGAGUGAGGGGCUCUACUGGUGCUCACAUUGGUCGGUGCGGUGCUUAUGGAAGGCCAUUUCUGCCAAUGUGAUGAAAACAAAAAUCUCUUGUAUUUCUUUGAAAUGAGAAGCUUUCUCAAAAUCAUGACUUGAGUACUAAGUAAGUACUUUGGUAUUUCAUGAUACUAUGUCAUGUUGCAAUGUUUCUCAAAAUGAGUCUUUGUUUUAAGAAAGUUUGUAAUUAUGGUGCAUCACUUAGUCAUUUUAAGAUACUUAGUCAUUAUUUUAAGAAAACAUAAUAAUGGGGGGGGCUUCAAUAAGUAUAGUUUUACUCAUGUUCUGUUGAUCCAAACUGUCUAGUCAUCAUCUAUUUGACUGACUGACUGACUGACUGAUUGGUUGAUUGAUUGUAGUUUUUAUCAGAAACACAAGGUGCAUCCAAGUGAAACUUUUUCCAGUUUGACAACUGUAUGUUCUCAAGCUAGCUCCACAUAUUAUGCAUGGAUCCAGUUGAAGCUUCUUUUUUUUAAUACUAUCUAUAUAACAUUUUAGAAACUACAUUUCAUGUAUGUCAUCAUAUGAUAUGUUUAUAUGUACAAAAAAAACGAUAUAAGGGAAAGUUUGACAGACAUGGUUGAACUCGGUCUUGUAAUAAUAGACAAAUUAGCCGUUAAUUGGAAUUUUGCAACAUCAAAUGUGAAACCAAAAAGACAAAAUAUGGAAGAUAAUCUCAAGUAAAAAUAUUUUUUUACAAGAAAUAUAAUCAGAAAAAAUUUGAGAGCUUUUGAGGUUUGUGUAGCAUAACGUUGUCAUGUAAAAUCCAAAAGUGAAUGAAGAGAGAUUACCCAGAAAGCUAGUAUUAGUGACUGAGGACGAUCCAUGUCUGGAGAACCUUCCCAGCGUUGUGUAUUUGUGUCUUUCUCCCCAGUUAUAUGAAGCUGUGUUACUGUACGAUUACUGUAUGGGCAAUGUGUUUACUAAAUAUGUCUUCUUCGUACUUCCUUUACUUUAAUGUUCCCUUUCAGUCAUUUCCUUGCAGUCAGAUCUUUAUAUGGCAACAAUCACAAAGAAACAGUCUCUUUACAAAUUCAAGUCAUAUUUGAGAGAAAGCUGAUCUUUCACUUUCUGUUUGAAUUGGAGUCAAAUUUGUCACAUGUCAGAUACAUAUUUACAUGCAGCCAAAUGAUCUCUCAACAAAAUGUCAAAAUUGAAAUUAUUCGCAUAACUCAUUUUUUUAAACUGGAUUUGAAAAUUGGUAAUGGAUGGGCCAGUAAAUGAAUGUAGGUGUUUAAAAAAAAAAAUCAUAAUAUUACCUCCAAAUAUGAAGUCACCAAUCAUUUCCUGUAAUGCUUGUCAGUCCCAAUAAGCUGUGUAUUGAAUGAGUCUGUCCAUGCUGAUAAUGAGCCUGUUCCCUGCUCACACAUUUGAACUAGCAUGCUGUAUAUGCAGCAUAACUGCACACAUAAUGGUAGUCAUUUUUCAUAAUUGCUCGGUUUCACGGGUAACAAACUUCAUAUUUUUCCAAUCUGAGCAGCAAAGUAAAAGUCAGAAAUACAUUUUUUUAUGAUACAUUUUUUUAAAGCUGCUUCACUGAGUCACAUUUUAUAAACCCUCCAUCAGACUGAGUUUUUUUGGGCCAUACUUAGUGACUGUUUCCACCCUGUGUUCAUGGUUCAAAGUGAUUUGUUUUCUGCAUGGUGUGUAAUCAUGGAUUGCCAUCUUUACGUCUCACACUAGUGGUGUUUUCUAUGAUUUUGUGGUAUUAUCAUCAGUUUUUCUAUGUUCCUCUGCAGUAUGUGAUGGCAGGCUUUAGUUCUUAAACCUCAAAUUACACUCAGGCAUCCAUUCUAAGAUGUAUAUAAAGAUAUAUAUAUUAUAUAUAUUUUUGCUUUAUGUGUAUGACAAAUAUCACUAUAAGCUGUUUUUUUUUCUUCCUUUCCUUGUAUGUGUCUGUGAAAUAAAUACUAUUUUAUCACA